AUUUUAAAAUUAUAGUAAAAGGGAUUGCAUUUAUUUGUUAUUUUAUAAGUACUUUUUAGUUUAUUUUUAUGUUUAUUCAUAAAAUGUUUCUAAAAGAAUUAAUUCGUUUUUCUACACAACAUAGAACACUUUAUUGUUACUUAAUUUUAAGUUUUUGGAUAUUUCUUUUGAUUGCUGGGAUGUAUAAAUAUAUUGGGAAUACAAAAAUUAUGAAUGGAAUAACAUUCAUUCAUGGAAAGAGAAUGUAUUUAUCAACGAUUAAUGACGAAGAAACUUCAAAAUUUAGGAAAUAUAAACAAAGAUGUAGUCCAAUAGAAAAUAUUGCACGGAAAGAUGAUGGUGGAAUUUUGGAUGGAUGGAAAUUGCAAGGAGUCCUCAUGGUUAUAAGGCAUGGUGAUCGUGGACCAAUGUCCCAUGUUAGAGGAAUUUCUAAUGUAAAUUGCGGUAUUGAAGGAGAUAUGCUUGUUCAUAAAUACAAAACAUUUUUAAUUAAUUCCACAAAUCCGUCUGGUACUAAUCAUAUGUAUUGGAAUAAAAUUGGACCAUUUCAUGGGUUUUCUUUAUUACCAUCUUUAGAAAAAUCAUGUUUACUAGGACAGUUGACAUAUAAGGGUAUCGCACAAUUAUUGCACAUCGGUGAAAUUAUACAGCAAGUAUAUUUGCGUCCGUUAGGAUUGUACACAAGAUCUCUUCCCUCUUCUAGGCAAAAUAUAAAUUCAACACCAAAUACAUUUUUAAAUUCAGACGAAGUAAUAGUAUAUUCGACUAGAUACCGCCGAACUUUCCAGUCUGCAAUGGCUUUAAUGUUUACGUUUUUACCACCCGAAAAAUGGCUUUCUUUAAAUGUAUUAGAAUCACAUAGUAUGGCAUUUUGUUUUCUAGAUUGUACCUGUCCACAAGCAGACGUUUUAAGGAAAAAAUUAGCUUUGAAAUCAAAUGAAAAUUUACAAAGGCAUGCAGCUGUUUCAGCUGUAGUACAAUGGAUUGGAAAAUCAUUAUUACAACAUCCGUCGAAUACAGUCAAAACUCCGCACGAAGUAAUGGAUGCAGUUUUAAGUUUAAUUUGUCAUGAUGCAGAACUUCCAUGCCAAAAUAAUAAAAAAAAUCUUAAUAAAAAUCGAAAAAAUUUAUAUCCAACAACAGGACCUUCAUCAAAUGAACCAAAUGAUUUAAUAAAUAUUGAUCAGGAUGAAAUACUUUCAUCAAAUAAUUAUGAAAAUAAUUUUAAUUCUUUAAAUAAUGGUGAAGUAAAUAAAGUUAAUAUUGAUAUAGUAAAUGAUAAUGAAAAUAAUGAAGCUAAUACUCAAUUUGAUAGUUGUAUAGAACAAAGUCAUAUUGCUGCUUUAAUGUCAUAUACAAAUUGGCAAUCUUCUAAAGAAGUAAAUCAUAAAUUUUAUAAGCAAAUUGGAAUGUUGAGAGCAUAUGGAAUGAUAAGGCACAUUGUAAGUUUCAUGUUAAGGAUAAUAUCAGGUGAUCGAACAAAAUUUGUUUUAUAUUCUGGCCACGAUUGGACUAUGCAAUAUCUAACAGCAAGUUUGGGAAUUAAUACAGAAGGUGUAACUUUUAUUCCAUAUGCAGCUAGAUUAAGCUUUGAGGUUUAUAAUAGUCAAACAGAUUAUUAUUUUCGUGCUGUUUACAAUGGUAAAGAUGUAACACAACAAAUCGAUUUUUGUGAAGGGGGAAAAAGUUUAAGAGUGACAAGAGACAGUCGAGGAAAUAAAGCUGAUUUAUGUCCAAUAGAAAAUAUUAUUCGAUUUUUACAUGAAGAUUAUUUUUCUCCAUUAAAUGCAUCCAAUUUUAAAGAUGCUUGUACUGUUCAAAAAUCAAAUGAAUUUUAAAUAGCUGUUAUAAAUAAAUUUUACUACUUCUUUUAUUUAUUUAUUUAUGUAUUAUUACUUUUUUUUGUUUUUUAAUUUCUAUAUAUAAUAUAGGGAAGAAAAAUUAAUAUUGUAUUUUAGAAUAACUUAUAUUGUGAAAUCAUACAUAUCAAAAUUUGCAUAAAAUUUGUAACUUAAACAUAUCAUU